AUGGAGGAUAUCAAGGCAUUUACAUCACCAGAAGAUUUCCCUAAAGAUCUAAGACCUAGCAAACUAUAUGUAGACAUGAAGUCUGAAUGUUUAUUCCUUCCUUUCCCUAGUAGACAUUUACCUGUACAUUUAUCUACAGUAAAGAACGUAACAUGUAGCGAGACGGAGACGAGUGCAUCUGCUGCUGCAGCAGCAGCAGCAGCAGCAGCAGCAGGUGGUGGUGGUGGUGGUGCAGCAGGAGGAGGAGGUAAAGGUAACCGUUAUGCUAUAUUAAGAAUAAACUUCCAAGUACCAGGGUCACAAACAUUAACACAAAAAGGAGAAGAGAAUCCUUUGCCAGAUAUUGCAGGAAAGCAGCAACUUUUUAUUAAGGAACUUAUGUUCAAGAGCGAGGAUAGUAGACAUCUACAAAAUAUAUACCGUACAAUAAAAGAACAAUUAAAAAGAGUAAAACAGAAAGCAGCAGAAGAUUCACAAUAUCCUGGUGAAUUACCUGCACAAGAAAAAUUAAUAUUAAAUAGAUCAGGAAGAAGAAUAUUAUUAAAAGAUUUAAUGAUUAGACCUAAUAUAUCUACAGGAAUGAGGAAACUUAUUGGUGCAUUAGAGGCACAUACUAAUGGAUUAAGGUUUACCGUCAAUACCCGAGGGCAAAUGGAUGUAGUAGACGUAACUUAUUCAAAUAUAAAACAUGCAAUUCUUCAACCUUGCGAACGUGAAUUAAUCGUCUUAGUACAUUUCCAUCUAAAAACUCCUAUAUUGGUGGGGAAGAAAAGAACACUAGAUGUACAAUUUUAUACAGAGGCUGGUACACAGACGGAUGACCUAGACAACAGAAGAACGCGCUCCUAUCAUGAUCCUGAUGAAACUCUUGACGAAAUGAGGGAAAGAGAAAUGAAGAAAAAAUUAAAUGGAGAAUUUAAGAGAUUUGUUCAACAAGUUGAGGAGGUCUCCAAGGUUGAGUUCGAUCUACCCUAUAGAGAAUUGAAAUUUUCUGGUGUUCCUCUAAAAUCUAAUGUAGAAAUAUUACCAACAGCGAAUUGUUUAGUACAUUUAGUUGAAUGGCCUCCUUUUGUAUUACCAUUAGAGGAUAUAGAGAUUGUUUCCUUUGAGCGUGUUUCUCAUGGAUUAAGAAACUUUGAUAUGAUCUUUGUAUUCCAGGACUACAACAAGCCGGUUAAGAGGAUUGAUCUAAUUCCCAUUGAAUAUUUAGAUAACCUCAAGAGAUGGCUAAAUGAACUAGAAAUUGUCUGGUAUGAAGGGAAACAAAACUUGAAUUGGGCGGCAAUUCUUAAAGAAAUUCGCGACGAUCCUCGUGGCUUUGUUGAGGAUGGCGGGUUCGAUAUGUUCCUUGGCGACAACGGCAGUGACGAAGAGGGAGAUGACAGUGAAGAUGAUGAUGACGAGGAAUAUGCAGAGCAAUCUUCGAGUGACGAUGACAAGGAGUACAACGAAGACGGGUCCGAGGACGCGAGCAGCGACCAAGGCAGUGAUAGCGACAGUGACUAUUCUUCUGACGAUUCUUCUCUUGCAGAUGAGAGUGACGGCUAUGAGGAAGCAGCAGGAACAGACUCUGAUGAAGAAGAAGGUCUUAGCUGGGACGAGCUCGAAGAAAGGGCAAAGAAAGAGGAUAGAAAGCGUCAGGCAGAUGACGACUCAGAAGAAGAAGAAAGGAGGACAAAGAAGAAGCGUAAAUGA